AAAUAAAUGAAUAGGUCAUUAACUAACAUUAUAUGAUGAUUCACAUUUAUUAUAGUGUUGCAAAACUCCCUUUGAUCUUGAACCAAACAGGUGCCAAUUCUGCCAUUGCUUGGGAAGUUCAAAGGUAUGAUGGGUGGUACAAUAAUUUGGCAGAUCACAAUCGAGGGGCUACAGGUGCAGCACUGGUCCGUCUCUUUCCGGCGCAGUACACGGAUGGUGUUUAUCUGCCCCGACAGGAACCGCACCUGCCCAACCCCCGCCAGAUAAGCAACAUAGCCAUGAGUGGCCAAUCCGGACUCUUGUCCUACAGGAACAGAAGCGUUCUCUCUGUAGCCUUCGGUUAUCAUGUGUGGUCCGAGAUCUCAGAAUCCCGAAGACCUGGUUGCCCACCUGAGUUCCUGCAUAUUAAAGUCCAAAAAGAAGAUCCUGUCUUUGGCUCUAACUCUUCGCAACCGGUCCUGCUCCAGUUCCAGAGAGCAGAGUGGGAUCUGAGCACAGGCAAUAGUCCCAACAAUCCUCGCACACAGGUGAAUCACGUGACAGCAUGGAUAGAUGGCAGCUCCAUCUAUGGAUCGUCCAGCUCAUGGUGUGAUGCCUUGAGAGUGUUUUCCAGAGGACUGCUGGCAUCAGGCUCCUCACAGGACAUGCCCCGGCGCAGCAGCAGCGGUUACCUCAUGUGGAGCGCACCGGACCCCAGCACCAGCCCCGGCUCACAGGAGCUCUAUGAGUUCGGGAAUGCCUGGGCCAAUGAGAACAUCUUUACGGUCACUGAGGGAAUUAUUUGGUUUCGUUACCACAAUUACCUGGCCUCCAAACUGCAUAAGGAACACCCCUCUUGGUCAGACGAAGAGCUUUUCCAAAAUGCCCGAAAGAGGGUUAUUGCCACAUUUCAGAAUCUAGCGUUCUAUGAGUGGCUGCCGGCCUAUCUGGGAAUACCAGUGACUUCCUAUCCAGGUUAUCAAAAAUACGUUGAUCCAGGGAUCUCUGCUGAGUUUGAAGCUGCUGCUGUGAGGUUUGGACUGACUCUUGCUCCACCUGGUGUAUAUAAAAGAAACAGGACGUGUCACUACAAAAGUGCUGUGAACAACGAUGCAAGUAAAUCUCCUGGCCUGCGUUUAUGCAACACCUUCUGGAACCGAAAUUUGUUAAGGGAGCUCGCAGAGUUAUAUGAGAAUGAUACCUCCAGACUAGAUCUAUUUGUGGGCGGCCUGCUAGAAUCACAGGAAGGACCAGGUCCAGUGUUUUCCAGCAUCAUCCUGGACCAGUUUGAACGCAUAAGAAACGCUGACCGCUUCUGGUUUGAGAACAAACAAAAUGGGUUGUUCACUGAGGAGGAGAUCCAAGCCAUACGUAACACCACAUUUCAUGAUGUCCUUCUGGACGUCACCAGUGCAGAGGAGGGCGACAUUCAAAGAAAUGUAUUCUUCUGGGUGAACGGUGAUCCCUGCCCCCAGCCUCAGCCAAUCACAUCCUCCGAUCUUCACCCCUGCACAAAGGCCUCCUCUAUGAGUUACUUUGACAACAGCAGCAAAGCUGGUUUUGGCGUAACGGUGGUGGUGCUGUUCCUGUUUCCUGUUGCAAGCUACAUCGUAGCUUGUGUAGUUGCUCGUGUCCGGACAGCCAGAUACAAACGAUUCCAAAAGAAGCUCAGAGGUUCCACCACAGACAAGAAACCUGCACAUGAAACUAUUGCCAAAGAGUGGUUAGGGCACAAUACAGCACCCCGACAAGUCGCACUUGCGUUCAACGAGAAGACAGUACUCCAGACCUUUGAUGAGAACGGGUCUCUUCUCAGUUCUCACAGCUUGGGCAAUCAAGACCACCUCAAUGUGUUAAUAUCCAAUGACCAUCAGCAUCGUGCUCUACUCUUGAAGAUCCCCAAAGAGUAUGAUCUGGUUUUGUUCUUUGAGGACGUUGGUCAGAGGUCAAAGUUCCUGGGUCACCUGCGCUCUGAGCUGGAGGGCAGAAUUCUAACUGUAAAGGAAAUGAGUGAGAAAGAGAUUCUCAGAGAUGCAGUGACCAGAGCACAGAGGGAAAAGAUUGUGGAGACGUUCUUCAAGCACGCUUUUUCAAAGGUCUUGGACAUUGAUAAAAGUGAUGCAGGAGACUUGAGCAAUAGGACCAGAGAAGCUUUACAGUGUGAGCUCACACGAGUUGAAUUCGCCAGCGUGCUCGGUCUGAAGCCUGACUCACUCUUUGUAGAGUCCAUGUUCACACUGGCUGACAAGGACGGUAACGGAUACCUUUCGUUUCAGGAGUUCUUGGAUGUUAUUGUCAUUUUCAUGACAGGUACUCCCGAGGAGAAGUCCAAGCUUCUGUUUUCAAUGCAUGACAUUAAAGAAGAUGGCUUCUUGUCCAAGGAAGAGUUCACUUCCUUACUCAGGUCUUUCAUUGAUAUCUCUGGAAGUGCUUUAUCUAAGAGUCAGGCUGAGGAUGGUAUAGCAGCUAUGCUUCAGGCAGCAGGUCUUGACAACAAAGAUUCCUUCUCCUGGGAGGACUUUCACUUUCUGCUGCGAGACCAUUCAGCUCAGCUCAAUAUUAAAGGCAUGGAAGUACUUGGUAAGAAAAAACUAUCCAGACAACAGCAAGUAUCUUUCAUUAAGAAAAAUAGUUCUUCAGCUGUGGAAGAGCUUACUCACAGGCCUGAGGGGGAGCAAGACCAGGAACUUCGUCAAAGACAGAUCAAGAAAAUUGAACAAAGCAACCCAAAGGUGUAUGUGAGGCCUCAGAGAGAACGCUACAAUAGAAACCCAGUGCAGCAAUGGAUCCAGCAGUUCAAACGCUUCAUAGAAAACUACAGAAGACAUAUCAUUUGCGUAGUCAUCAUAUAUGGGAUCACAGCUGGACUAGCACUGGAAAGAUGCUACUAUUAUGGUUUACAGGCCCACGCCAGUGGCAUCCCAGAGACCUCCAUGGUGGGUGUGCUCGUGUCUCGUGGUUCUGCGGCCGCCAUCUCCUUCCUGUUUCCCUACAUGCUCCUCACUGUGUGCCGUAACCUGAUAACCAUGUGCAGGGAGACUUUUCUCAACAGGUACAUCCCAUUCGAUGCGGCCAUUGACCUUCACCGUCACAUGGCUAUAGCUGCUGUUGUCCUCUCAGUUGUUCACAGUUUGGGUCAUGUGGUCAACGUUUACAUUUUCUGCAUCAGUGACCUCAGCAUUCUUGCCUGCCUGUUUCCUAGAGUGUUCUCCAACAAUGGGUCUGAGCUUCCAAUGAAAUGGACCUUCUGGUUUUUCAAGACAGUUCCUGGUCUCACUGGAGUUCUUUUGCUGUUGAUUUUCGCCUUUAUGUAUGUCUUCGCCUCGCACUAUUUCAGACGCAUCAGCUUUAGAGGAUUCUGGAUCACACACCACCUAUAUGUGCUCGUCUAUGUCCUGACUGUGAUCCACGGCAGCUACGCCCUCCUCCAGGAGCCCCGCUUCCACAUCUACCUGAUCCCCCCUGGCCUCCUCUUCCUCCUGGACAAACUCAUCAGCCUCAACAGGAAGAAGGUGGAGAUCCCAGUGGUGAAAGCCGAGCUGCUGCCCUCAGAUGUAACUUACCUGGAGUUUAAGCGUCCACAAGGUUUUGUCUACCGCUCAGGACAGUGGGUACGUAUUGCAUGCCUGGCGCUGGGCACAGAUGAGUACCAUCCUUUCACCCUGACCUCCGCACCACAUGAGGAGACCCUCAGCCUUCAUAUCCGUGCAGUGGGACCCUGGACCAGCAAACUCCGAGAGGCCUACACCCCUGAGAAACUCCAGGAGUUUGGAGGAUAUCCAAAGCUGUAUCUGGAUGGGCCAUUUGGGGAGGGUCAUCAGGAGUGGACAGACUAUGAGGUGUCAGUAUUGGUGGGUGCUGGGAUUGGAGUCACACCCUUUGCUUCCAUCUUAAAAGACCUGGUGUUCAAAUCUUCAGUCAAGUUCAAAUUUCACUGCAAAAAGGUGUAUUUUAUCUGGGUGACACGGACUCAGCGUCAGUUCGAGUGGGUGUCUGACAUCAUAAGAGAGGUGGAGGACAUGGACGCUCAGGAGCUGGUGUCAGUGCACUUCUACAUCACACAGCUGGCUGAGAAAUUCGAUCUCCGCACCACCAUGCUGUAUGUCUGUGAGCGGCACUUUCAGAAGGUGUGGAACAGGAGUCUGUUCACUGGCCUGCGCUCCAUCACACACUUCGGCCGCCCACCCUUUUUGGCUUUUCUCAGUUCGCUACAGGAAGUUCAUCCAGAGGUGGAGAAGAUCGGCGUGGUCAGCUGUGGGCCUCCCGGUCUGACUAAGAAUGUUGAGAAGGCCUGCCAGCAAAUGAACAAACGCGACCAGACACAUUUUGUUCACCACUAUGAGAACUUCUAGACUGUAUGAUUGAAUCAUAUAAGAAAUACUUAACAACAAAUCACUGAAUCAUCAGUAUUGAUUCAUUUUGAAUAGCCUGGAAUACAUUAUUCCAUUUAAAACAGCCUGAGUUGCCAUUACUAGUUGGUAAAGUUGAGGUCAUAUGAAUCUAUACAUUUUUGCAUUGUUUUCUGUGUUUCUCUCUUUGAAUGCAAAAGUACGUAUAAAUGAUGUACACUGUAGUUUUAGUUUUAGUUUAUUUCAUUUAUUUGUACAGGAACAAUGCACAACAACAGUGUUGUGCCAGAG